UGUGAGGCCGCCGCGGAGGGACGUUUCAGGCCUCAGGGUUUCCCACUUGCUUUUAACCACGGGCUUGGAGACGUGGGGUGCGAAACGGGGCCUCUUCAUUUUGGUGGGUUCCGGGCCCUGGCAGCCUUUUCGCGAAGGCGCCUGGCUACUGGGCCGGGGGCCCUAUUUCCACUCGGACCGCCGAUACCGCCCGGUGGCCCCGGAGCUGCUGGGAAGGAGCUGCCAGGAAGGGGUUGCCGAGGCGCCGGCUGCCGCCCUCGCCACUCGCGAGGCCCCUUUCUCAUCCUAGGAUCUCUUUUUCCCCUGUUCUGCAGGCUCGCUUCCGGCGGCAUGGCUCAAAGGGCCUUCCCGAAUCCUUAUGCAGAUUAUAACAAAUCCCUGGCCGAAUGCUACUUUGAUUCUGCUGGGAGGUUGACUCCUGAGUUUUCACAGCGCUUGACCAAUAAGAUUCGAGAGCUCCUUCAGCAAAUGGAAAGAGGCCUAAAGUCAGCAGACCCUCGGGAUGGCACUGGUUACACUGGCUGGACAGGUAUUGCAGUGCUUUACUUACAUCUCUUUGAGGUGUUCGGGGACCCUGCCUACCUCCAGAUGGCACAUGGCUAUGUGAAGCAAAGCCUGAACUGUUUGACCAAGCGCUCCAUCACCUUCCUUUGUGGCGAUGCAGGCCCCCUGGCAGUGGCUGCUGUGCUGUAUAACAAGAUGAACAAUGAAAAGCAGGCAGAUGAUUGCAUCACACGGCUAAUUCACCUAAAUAAAAUUGAUCCCCAUGCUCCAAAUGAAAUGCUCUAUGGACGAAUGGGCUACAUCUAUGCUCUUCUUUUUGUCAACAAGAACUUUGGAGUUGAAAAGAUUCCUCAAAGCCAUAUUCAGCAGAUUUGUGAAACAGUUUUAACCACUGGAGAAAACCUAGCUAGAAAGAGAAACUUCGCUGCAAAGUCUCCACUGAUGUAUGAAUGGUACCAGGAAUAUUAUGUAGGGGCUGCUCAUGGCCUGGCAGGAAUUUAUUACUACCUGAUGCAGCCCAGCCUUCAAGUGAGCCAAGCAAAGUUACAUACUUUGGUCAAGCCUAGUGUAGACUUUGUUUGCCAGCUGAAAUUCCCUUCCGGCAAUUAUCCUCCAUGUGUGGAUGAUAAUCGAGAUCUGCUUGUCCACUGGUGUCAUGGAGCCCCUGGGGUAAUCUACAUGCUCAUCCAGGCCUUUAAGGUGUUCAAAGACGAGAAGUACCUCUGUGGUGCCUACCAGUGUGCAGAUGUGAUCUGGCAAUAUGGUUUGCUGAAGAAGGGGUACGGGCUGUGCCACGGUGCUGCAGGGAACGCCUAUGCCUUCCUGGCGCUCUACAACCUCACACAGGAUGUGAAGUACCUGUACAGGGCCUGUAAGUUUGCUGAAUGGUGCUUAGAUUAUGGAGUACAUGGAUGCAGGACACCAGACACCCCCUUCUCCCUCUUUGAAGGAAUGGCUGGAACGAUAUAUUUCCUGGCUGACCUGCUGGUCCCCAUGAAAGCCAGGUUCCCUGCAUUUGAGCUUUAAAGGAAAUCAUGCCCACGCUCCCAACUUACAGCAUGACCCUUUCUGUACAUUCAAACCUGGGCUAAGUGCUUUCAUUGCUUUUCAAGGAAACAGAGAACCAAACUGUGUACUUGAUUGAGUUGAUUUUUUUUUUCUAGAAUUUGUCUUUAGUCAAUUCCUUUUUUUAUUAUGUACUUUUAUUUAAAAGUAUGCAAGGACAUCUGUUAAGUUUCUUCCAAAAGGAAGGAUGGGUGAUAAAUACAGUAUUUUUGGGUCAUUUACUGUAUUUCAGAACUUGGAGGAAAUCUUAUUUAAGUGUAUGAAAAAUCUGUUACUGCUCUAAAAAUGUUUGAAAGAAACUAAAUAUAAAUACAAGCUUAAGUACAUGACCAUGGUUGAAUAUUGCCUUCCACCUCUUCUGUGUCAUAUUUUCCUCCAACAGGAGGGCAGACAGCUGUAUGACUUAUUCUUUCUCUAAGUGGUUGGUUAUGAAAGGGGACAAAACAUGACUGUAUGCUUCCAGAUGAAAAACUGCAAGAAUUACAAACUUGACUUGGGACCUAAGUACCAUUUUUCAAAUUCUUGAUGCCUUUUUGAUCUAGAGAUAAACAUACUUUCAAAUUUACCUCUUUAUCAAAGUAAGGCAUCCAGGCGCUAUAUGCUAGCCUUUUUAUAAAAAUCUUAAAAUGUGACAGUUGUCAUGAGCUUUCUGUUAUGUAAGUUUAAGAUAAGCUAAUAAUAGCAGUUUAUGGUUUUCUCUAAAGAAAAAAAUCUAGUGUAUUUUCAAACUAUUAACUGAAAUGUGUUUGUUCUUUGGUAUUCACAUGAGAUCACGGAGCCCAUUUUCUGUGAGAAUGUGCACCUGUGACCUCAGAAUCUGGUCUACCAUGUUUGACUGACCUUCUAAACUUUGACUUGUGUUUUACUUUCUUCAAAGACUCUAGUUGUUUGGUACAAGCCAUAAAAUAUAUUCUUAUCAGUU